CUCCAUACAAAAUCCACAUAGUUAAGCAAGCUGAAAUUGAUAUAGAAUUCAGUUGCAGUGAUAUAAUUCAUUCACAACAACCGGAGAAGAUCGUUGCGGAGAGAUCGACGAAACCGCAACCGUUUAAUCAACCAUGGCGAUGCCCGUCGACUUCGGAGAUGCUGGCGUCAGAGGUGGGGGUGGGACUCUGUCAGAGCUGUACCAGAGCUCGAGGCGGCUAUUGCUGAAGAACAGAGAUGGAUUGGAGAAGCUGGAGCGCUUCGAGUACUCGUCUUCCUCCGUUGCAUUCUCAUCGUCGUCGAACGCCGCCUCGUUGGGCUUAGACUCUUCCGAUCAUCUGUUCGAUGCCGUUAGGAAGGACAUCACUCAGAUCCAGUCGCUAUGUUCCGAGAUGGAUCGCCUUUGGCGUUCCAUUCCUGCCAAGUCUCAACGUGAUCUCUGGAAAAGAAAGGUAGAGCAAGUGGCUGAAGAGGCCGACUCCUUGAAAGAUAGUUUGGAUAAAUAUUAUCUUCGUAAUCAGAGACGGAUCCAAGAAGCUCGAGAGAGAGCUGAGUUACUUGGAAGAGCUAAUGGCAAUUCAUCACAUGUUCUUAAGAUUUUUGAUGAGGAAGCACAAGCAAUGCAGUCUGUCCGCAGCUCUUCAAAGAUGAUGGAAGAAACCUUGGCAACUGGUGCUGCUAUUCUUUCUAAAUAUAGUGAGCAGAGGGACCGGUUAAAGCAAGCUCAAAGGAAAGCUCUGGAUGUUCUCAACACGUUGGGGCUAUCUAAUUCCUUAUUAAGACUGAUUGAGAGGAGAAACCGCACUGACAAGUGGAUCAAGUAUGCUGGCAUGGUUGUAACAAUCAUCAUCCUUGUUGUCAUAUGGAGGUGGACGCGAUGAACCGUGCUUAGCAAUCCGUUGAAUCUUUCGGUCCCGGAUUCACAGUAUUGUAAACUGAAGCAGACAUACAAAUAGACAUAGGAAAAUUUAUAUGUGAUCCAGCCCUUUUAAACUUGCCUAAAUUCUUGCUUUUAUUAGCGUCAAAUUUUGAGAUUGCUUUCAUCAUGUCCUUGUAAAAUGUCACCUGUUAAAUGUAUGAAAAUGGAACCACCAAAAAAAAAAA